AUGACCCCAGAAUUCACAACUAGAGGAUGGCCUUACAAUCUCACUGUCAUCGGUGGGCGCGACUCUUCCGUUGGCGACGGCGGCCUGACAUUAGGCGGCGGCAUCUCCUCCUUCUCCGCGCGCUAUGGCUUGGCCUACGACAACGUGAAUAACUUCCAAGUCGUCUUUGCCGACGGCUCCAUCCACAACGUGAACCUGAAGACAUAUCCGGACCUAUUCCAGGCACUCAAGGGUGGUGGCAAUAACUUUGGCAUCGUGACGCGCUUCGACCUCGCCACGUAUGCCCAGGGCGACAUGUGGGGUGGGCUGGUCCAGUACACAGAGAAUAACCUAGAGACCUUCGUCGACGCGCUAUCGCACUUCGGCGACCGCCAAGUCGAGGAUCCAGAUUGCGCGGCGAUUGUGUCGUUAAUCUACUACCAAGCAUACGGUAUUAACAUCGUCAACCUGAACCUGGAGGGCGCAAAGCCAGUCGUUAACCCAGCUCUUCUCAAGGAUUUCACCGACGUGCCCUCGCCAAUGAAGUCCACCAUGCGCGUUACCACCCUCUCAAAUAUCACCGACGAGAUGGUGAAGGUUCCGCACCAUGACAUCAAGAACAGCCCCUCGCUGAUGCUCGAGUUCGCCGAGCUCUUCAAGACGCAGAUCACUGCCGUCAAGGCCGUCAAGGCCGUCAAGGCCGUCACGGCCGUCAAGGGCGUCUUCCCCGUCAUCAGUUUCCAGGUCAUCUCCCCGGCGACCAUCGCGCAGUUCGCCAAGAACGGCGGCAACCCCUUCGGCAUCACCGCCGACGAUGGCACGCUCAUUCUCAUGUCCACCUCUAAUCGCUGGUCCGACGCCGCCGACGACGCCGCCAUGUACGCCAUGGCGGACAACUUCAUCGCCGCCGCCACGGCGACGGCGACGGCACAGGGGCUGCUGCAUCCGUACAUCUACAUGAACUAUGCGGAUGCGUCCCAGGACGUCUUCACCGGCUAUGGCGCGGCAAAUAAGGCGAAGCUGCUAGCGACGGCAAACAAGUACCAUUCCUCUGGUGUUUUUAGGAGCCUGCUGUCGGGAGGGCAUAAGUUGAAGUAG